AUCGCCUGCGCGCGCAGCGCAAUCCACUGCGCCGGCGCGGCCCGUGCGGGUCCGCGAGCACUGAGAAGGGUGCAGUGGGGCGGGGCGGGGCCCCCCUCGUGCGGCUGGCGGGCGGCUCUCUGGAGGCCGGGGCGGUUGGGACGGCGGGCGGAAAAGAUGGGGCCUCCGAGGCGCUAGCCGGCUCCUUCAGUGCAGGACGUGGAGCCGUGGUUUUCUGGAGAGGCUCAUGUGAUGGUGCCAAGAGGAAGGAAGCGCCGUGACAGCGCCUCAGUCGGAACCCGGGUUCCGAGGGCAAGGACGACCGGGUACGGCGGCCCUGGCGAGCUGGCCGCCGGCGGGGAGAGCAGUCACAAUAGGAGGCGGCGGCCCGGCCCGGAGCGGUGGGAGCAGCUCCGCAGGGCGGAGCCUCCCCUCGCAGGUACUGGCGGCGACGGCCGUUGGCUCCCGCGCGAGGGCGGUACUGGCCGCGGGAGGUUGGGAGCCGGCGGGCUGCGCUCGGCGGACGUUUCCCGGCAGCCUGGCGCUCUUUGUUCCCGCGGCGGCGGGGAGCCUGCCCGCCCCUGCCUGGACGAGACGCAGAGUGAAGAUAGUCCAAGUCCUAAGAGACAGCGCCUCUCUCAUUCAGUCUUUGAUUAUACAUCAGCAUCACCAGCUCCCUCACCACCAAUGCGACCAUGGGAGAUGACAUCAAAUAGGCAGCCCCCUUCCGUUCGACCAAAUCAACAUCACUUCUCAGGGGAACGUUGUAACACACCUGCACGCAACAGAAGAAGUCCUCCUGUUAGGCGUCAGCGAGGAAGAAGGGAACGUCUGUCUCGACAUAAUUCCAUUAGUCAAGAUGAAAACUAUCACCAUCUCCCUUAUGCACAGCAGCAAGCAAUAGAGGAACCUCGAGCCUUCCAUCCCCCGAAUGUGUCUCCCCGUCUGUUACACCCAGCUGCUCAUCCGCCCCAGCAGAAUGCAGUCAUGGUUGACAUACAUGAUCAGCUCCAUCAAGGAACAGUUCCUGUCUCCUACACGGUAACCACAGUGGCACCCCAUGGGAUUCCACUCUGCACGGGCCAGCACAUCCCUGCUUGCAGUACACAACAGGUCCCAGGAUGCUCUGUUGUUUUCAGUGGACAACACCUCCCUGUCUGUAGUGUGCCUCCUCCAAUGCUUCAGGCAUGUUCAGUUCAGCACUUACCAGUACCAUAUGCUGCGUUCCCACCCCUCCUUUCCAGUGACCCGUUUCUUCUCCAUCCUCCUCAUCUUCCUCCCCAUCAUCCUCCUCACUUGCCACCACCAGGCCAGUUUGUUCCUUUCCAGACACAGCAGUCACGCUCGCCUCUGCAGAGGAUAGAAAAUGAAGUGGAGCUCUUAGGAGAACAUCUUCAAGUAGGCAGUUUUACUUAUCCCCCUUCGGCCCAUCCCCCAACAUUACCUCCGUCAGCUCCUUUGCAGUUCCUGACACAUGACCCUUUGCAUCAGGAGGUGUCCUUUGGAGUACCUUAUCCACCAUUUAUGCCUCGGAGACUCACAGGACGUAGUAGAUACAGAUCCCAGCAGCCAGUACCCCCUCCGCCUUACCACCCAAGCUUGCUGCCGUAUGUGCUAUCAAUGCUUCCAGUACCACCUGCAGUGGGCCCAACCUUCAGCUUCGAAUUGGAUGUGGAAGAUGGAGAAGUUGAAAAUUAUGAGGCCCUGUUAAACCUGGCAGAGAGACUGGGAGAAGCGAAACCUCGGGGACUGACUAAAGCAGAUAUUGAACAGCUUCCUUCGUACAGGUUCAACCCUAGCAACCACCAGUCGGAGCAGACUUUGUGUGUAGUAUGCAUGUGUGAUUUUGAGUCAAGACAGCUUCUUAGAGUCUUACCCUGUAACCACGAGUUCCAUGCCAAGUGUGUCGAUAAAUGGCUUAAGGGAAAUCGCACUUGUCCAAUAUGCCGAGCUGAUGCUUCAGAAGUGCAUCGGGAUUCAGAGUGACCAGCCUAAGAGCACAAUUGAGUUUGGGUGUUCCUCAUCACAUGUAUAUAUGGACUAUCCACUGAACUUAACCGUGUGGCUUCCAGCCUCCCUUUACCAAAAGGGUCAAUGGACCUUUCUUUGCACUGUGUGACUUAAUCAACUAUAAAAGCUUACAAUUAGUCUUCACAAUUAUGGGAUUGUUAUACUAACUGUGUGAUUGGAACUCCAAAGACCUUUUCUUUAGCUUAAUUUUGUGUGUGCACUAACAUUCCCUGGUUUUUGUGUGAUCAUUCCGAGUGUUGCUGCAAGAUUACAGUGGACGUGAUCUUUUAGCAUGUGCUUUUAUAAAACGUGGUAGCUCCAGAUGAUAUAGCAAUCUACCUUAUAUAGAGCCUUCAGAAACUGUGAGUGGGAGCGAGUGCAGCGUAUGACUGCUGGUGGUCAGUGAAUCCGUGAGAGAGUGCGUGCAACUACAUGUGUGGGGCAUGAUAGCUACUGUGUGUGUGAGAUCCUAUAUACCAGCAUGUACCAAGAAUGUGUGUGUAGUUUUAAUUAUGCUGCAAUGUAUAAUCUGGUGUGUUAUUUAAACAGCACUAGUACUGUACACUGGUUUUCCCUUGUGUUUGCUGUUGCACACUGAUUGCUAAGGGUGCAUCGAUUCUAAGCAUUGAAUACUCCGUCCUCUUCCCUCCCAUGAAUGGAAUGAGAAAAAGCCUUCUUCCUUUGCCUCAGGCAGCUGUUCCCUUCUCUUCCUUGGUGACCCUAAGUAGGUCACUUAAGAAAAAAGUGUCAGAAUCUCACUCUGACCUGAUGUUUUUUUUUUUUUUUAAUUUUUCAAUUCUAUUGUAAAAGAAACUUAAAUCUCCAAGUUGCUAUUUCCAAAAAGAAGGUGCAAUAUCAUAUACAUCAUCAUUAGCAAUAUUAGCAUUUCAAUCAGUGAUCUGAGUGUUACAUGUUUUUCCUUUACAUUUCUAGUAGCUUCCUUACAGAAAGGACCUGUAUUUUUAUUAAUGUGUAGAUUUAUGGUCUGUCCUGAAGAUGUUUGAGUAAUAUAUUUUAAGAACAGCACUGGUCCUGUAGGUCUCGCUUCCUUGACUUUUACUAGAGCAAAAUCUGUUAACAGCUCAGCCUGGUUUCUGGUUCUGUGUUCUUCUCUCAGGCCUCCAUGGGCAACAAUGGUUUCAAGAGAACGGUUUCUUUCUGUGUUAGUAGAGUUCACAUACUCCAGGCCUGGGGUCUCUGCUUCUCCCCUCAGUCAACAUUCUCACUGAAACCUUUGUUUCAGGAUGGAUCAAGUGCUGUGACAGCCCAUUCUCAGGCCUGGUUUGCUUUGAUGUCUUACUCUUUUAAUUUAUGUUAGAAAGAGAAAAGCUUAAUACAACAGGUGCCCAGAAUACUUGCAGUGUAAAUGAAGAUUGGAUUUUUGUAUAAAAAAUAAUGCUAUCAAACAGGAAUUGACCUUUAUUUAAUCCGAAAUGAUACAUAGCUGUGUGUGUAUAUAUAUAUAUUUUUUAAAAGUAGGGUUCAUUGAACAUAAAUCAGAUUGUUUGAGGCCAUUUUUUAGCACCAUUGGAUUCCUUUCUCCUCAGUGUGCUCAGCCUUCUCUGCCUCUGUGAGUUGUCAGCAUGUGUGCAGCCACACAGGCUGCAGCCUUCCACUCGCAGCCGUGACAGCUGCUGCCAACCUCACUCAGCUCACAGCUGGUGCCAGCCUGUUCUUUACUCAGACAGGGACAGUGUUCAACUACUUAGUACUGCCGUGUUUCUUACCCUCCCUUAAAGUUUCUCUAAGCUCAUCACAGCCUAGAGUUCAGGAAAGUUAAUCCACACAGAAGCACAAUUUUGUCCUCUUCCAGACACUGUUGCCUCUAUCUAGUUAGACAAGUAGGAUUUGGCCUACAUUCUGUUGCCCCUAGAUUUAUUUGUGUUAGUGUCAGAAAUCCUUACACGGUAGUGUAUGCACAUGUUACUUUUAAAUCAUUAGGAUAACCCCUGUCUGGUUCCUAAUGAAUAAAAGGUGUGUUAAAUACCAGGAUUAUUGACAUAUGUACUAAUCAGCUCCAAAUCACAUAAUCUUUAUUUUUUAAUUUAAAGAAAUCAUGUUUAAAAUGGUAAAAGUCCAUCUUAUAUAGACUUUUUGUAUAGCUUCGAAACCUUUAUAUGCCUGUACAGCUCUAACAUGACACUGCUCCAGUCAGCACUCAUCCUAUUGAUGCACACACACACGAGCACUCCUAGCUACUGCAGACACACUGACUACCAAGGCACACUGUGCUCACAAUCCGAAAGUAGCCUUUCUUUCUUCUAUCAAUGUUUACCAUAAAGUCAAAGUACAUCCCUUUCCCAGAAGAUUUUUCUUUUCUUUUUUUUAAAGAAGUGGUUGGCAAUUUAGGAGGCAUCUGGGUCUGCCCGGUAAAAUCCUGUUGUGCAGAUGACUACUGUCUCCUGGAAUGUCUCAGCACAGAGCUCUUGAGACGGUGCAGACCUGUUCGGGAAGGUUUUAGGCUCUCUUAGGUGCACACCAGCAUUCAGUCUCUAACUGGCCUCCAUGUGCAUCUCUGUGGCUAGCCAAUGAGGAAGUGCAGCUGUCCUGCUGGGCAUCACCACUCAGGGAGGUGCACCAGGUGGCAGAGGAUGUGGGGAGCCUUCAUCCUCUGUUCUAGAACAGUAUUGGCUCUACUGUCCUAACCCAGCUGUGGAGUUUUUGUAUGAUUUGGAUUUGGGGUUUUGUUUUGUUUUAUUUUGGUUUGGUUUUGAGUUUGGUUUGGGGGUUUUGUUUCGUUGGUUGGUUGUUCCCCCACCCCACCCCCCAAUGAAUCCCGAUAUUUUAUACUUUUAAAAACUCCAACUUCCAAAAAACUCAAGGCCUCCUAGUAUCAAGAUGUCCUGAUUUUUUUUUUU